AUGGAUGAAUUAUUGGAAGCGAUUUUGACCGAGUGGCAGAGUCAUUUCAAUAUUGAGAAUGGUCCACUUUUUGGUGCUGGGUAUCUUUAUGGUUUCGCUGAAGGGAAAGCUCGAAUCUGGGACUGUCCGCGUGCUUAUGGAGCACAUAUUAAUGUGCUGCUUCUGACUGCAGUUGGUUAUGCUCUUAAACAAAUAACAGAAACUCGAAUGAACUAUGUGACAUUAGAAGGUCAUGGUCGUGAAGAUAUUGAUGGCGGCAAUGUGGACAUCAGUCGAACCGUAGGCUGGUUUACAACAAUGUAUCCGGUCUUAUUGGAAAUUGACGACGAUCUAGUGAGUAGUAUAGGGAAUGUCAAGGUGCAUUUAAUGGAAGUGCCUAAUAAAGGCAUUGGCUAUGGCCCAAUAAUUGGCUACAAGAACCAAGAAUUACCACGCGUUAGUUUUAAUUAUCUUGGACAGUUUGAAGCAGUACCAUCGAUCAAAGCGAGCAGAAGCAAUAAUACUCGACGAUGGUAUUUAACCGAAGGAGUUGUUGGAGUUGGAAUGAAAGACGACCAAGUAGAGAAGACCGAUGACGGUGACAUGGUUGCUGUGAACGGAUUUUGCAUGCAAGGCCGCAUACGAUUCGAUAUUACGAGUAGACUUAACUCUGAAAAAACAUCGAAUUUCAUCAAUGAAUUUAAAUCGAAACUCGAAGAUAUCGUUCGCGAGUGCUUUACUGUUAAGCCUCUGAUUCAAAUUGAUUAUUCAAAUGAUUUUGAGAGUCCGUUUGUUUUAUUGAAUGCUGACUCUGAUAAUACUUUGUUCAUUUUGCCACCUGGUGAUGGUGGUGCUGAGAGCUAUUUCAAUAAUAUUAUUCCUCAUUUAUCAGCAUAUAAACUGAUAAUAUUCAACAAUUAUUAUUAUAAUCUUAAAGAAAAAAAUAUGGAAAAGGCUACCAAGGUGGAUAACGAUGCUUCCUUACAAGGUCAAUCAGAAUUAUUCAAAUACUACACAAAUAUACCAUUUAAUGGUCUAGAUACACUAGUGAACCCUAAAUAUAUUCGACUGAUUGAAAUGCCUGAUCAAACUCAUCAUUCUUGGAUGUUAAAUCAAGAGCAAGUUACCAAAAUUUGCCAUUAUUUAGCAAGUGUUUUAAAAUAA